AUGGCUUCGACCCCGGCAAACCUACAUCGAUUCGAGCCCUUCACGAAGCGAAUAGCACGGUUAAAGAUUGACCCUGUACAUACUGUGGAAAAAAGGAAGCCUUCGAACAAUGAGAACGACCCUCUACAAAGCUUUUUCCACGCUGCAUUGGAAGAAUGGGCGGAACUGAACUUGUCUCGCACAUUCACCGACUUCCUCAGCCAGGCGGGUCCGCUAUGCGAGAGUCUGCCCCAGUUACUUCACCAUGCAGAUGCUGUCUUCGAGAUCCUUGUUGACCACAUCGGAAAAAGGGAUGAACUUGCCCUCGAACCUCUUCUCAGUCUUCUCACCCACCUUGCCCAUGAUCUCGGACAAGGCUUCGAGCGAUACUUCUCAAGAACUGUGCAACUGAUUGCGGAAAUUGCUGCCACUCAUGAGAAGGCUGAGGUUGUUGAAUGGUGCUUCACCUGCCUUGCGUGGAUAUUCAAAUACCUGUCCAAAUUGCUCGUGCACGAUCUGAGGCCCCUGCUCGAUAUCAUGACACCAUACCUCUCCUCCAAAAAAAGUUAUAUUGUUCGCUUCAGUGCAGAAUCGCUGGCCUUCCUGCUCAGAAAAGCCGCCGCGCGAUUUGAAAAGAACCGCGCGCACACACCCUUGUGCCUCGCAAUCGAGCAUCUUUUGGACAGACUCACACAAGAAGAUGGUUGCAAAACCCUCGGUUCAUAUCAAAUGGGUGUCACGAGUCUUUGCGUUGAGAGUGUUCGUGGGAUUGAUGGACAGUUGCACUCGUGUGCUGUGCCCCUGGUGCGGUGCCUGUUGUAUCGCUUCUUCCAUCCAAGUAAACAUGAGCGAAUUUGGCGGGCUGUGGAGAGUGUUCUGAUUGCCCUCAUGCAUGAGACAAAAAGCGCCGCGUUUCGCCCAGUUCUGGUGGAUGUUCUGGACGUCACAAUGCAUUUUGCUAUGUCCAAAGAUGUCAAUCAGUUGGCUCUCACUCUGAGGCUUCUGCUUGUUGUCUUAGCGACGCGAAGGGGUUCAAGGGUUUCUUCUUGGGCGGAUUUCAUCGAGACCUUUCAAGCAGUAGUUGCAGCUGUACAGAUCCUCAAUGAGGACGAUUACGGCUUCCGUGCAGUCGUCGCCCUUUUUAUCGCCAGCAUUCUUCAAUUUGCGCCGAUGGAUCAGUUGUUGCCCUUCUCCCAGAAGUUGUUGGACUUUGCCGCAGAGCGGUUUUCCCCGCAGGAGUUCUUCACCUUCUCUAAAAUUUGUGCAGAGCUUGGAAAGGAGAGAUUCACCGACCUUGUUCUCCCACGACUCCAACAAUACAUUUCGACGCAUUGGUCCGAGGAUGAGGUGAGUCUUUACUACAUGCUGGAAUGCUUAGGGCAAAGGCAGAUCAACUUUGGUGGGUCGGGGAGCGCCGGCUCGAUAACUUGUCCUGCGGAUUUUGGAGAUUUCAUCCUCGGGCAGCUCUCUAUGGAAGGACGAGUUGAGAAUGGAUCUACCAUCGAACAACUUGCUGGACGGCUUCGCUUCGUCAAAGCCGCUUGCGUUUUCGCGGACUCGGAAACUACAGCUAGGGUCCUUGACGCCUACCACAAUCUGCUGGUAGGCGUCUUAGAAGAUACCGACAGCGACCUCGACCUUCGUCAACGCGUAAUCCUAGGCUGGGGCUUUGACUCCUACCUCCAAAUCACACCAUCUGCUGACCAGCGGCUCAAAGAGCUUGCUUUACUUGUUCCGAAAACGUCCGCGGUUCGUUUUCGCUUGCCAGCUUUUGUACACGCGGUAAGCCGUCUGUUCAGGAAAGUGCCUGCAGUGGAAGGUAUGGAGUCUCGACUCUUCAACAACAUCCGCCAUAUCCUUCUCCAAAAUCUAUUGGCCACGUCUCCUGAUUUGAAGAAGGGAUCUCUGGAGCUGCUUCCUGCGCUUGGCGGGUCGAAUAUCAAGCAAUGGCUCAUUGAAACUACGGAUUUAAUGCUUGAUAUUCUCAGUAUCCCCUACACUCCCAGCGAGGCUCGAAAAAUCUCAAUGCUGCUAAGACGGCUUCCGAGGCAACAAAAGAGUGUGCCUCCAGACUCUGUGUUCCAAGAUUUGAUACCUUUUUUCUGCCUCGGCUUGCUGUCACGCUACUACGACCAAACAAGAAUAGAAGUUUGCAAUGUGCUCGCCCAAGUGGUACAGUCGACACCGACCGAGGAAUCCGCCGUCAACGUGGCUAUUCAGUGGCUCCAGUCUCCUGCCGAUCUAACGCAAUCGUCUCAACAUGAUCCCCAGGCAGCAAAGUCUCUACCGUCCUCCCCUGAAUGCUCAGACGUCGAUCAACUCGCAUUAUUGUGCCUAUCAACCAUGGACGAUUUUCGCAAUUCCAGUGAGAGAUUCCGCACCACUAUUCAAGACGCGCAUCGCUUAGAAACACCCAGAACACCUCAGAAUGGUCGAUCAUUAGCUCUCCAGGUGUUGGCAACAGUACCUGCUUCAGCUGAGCGCCGUUCUCGCUUACUGGUGCCAAUCUUCCUUGCUGCACCAUUCAGCCGCGCUCAAAUGCACCCCGAGCCCAGCUCGGACGCUUCCACGUCGUCGCACACAUUAAGCCCCGAUCCUGACGACCACGCGUGGUCCCUUACGGACAGGAAGGCAAUGUUGGCCUUGUUCGGAAAAUUUGUCAACCCUCGUGUCCUCUACAGAUCUUCCGAAGUCCAUGAAAAGCUCGUCGAUCUCUUGGGCAACGGAAAUGAGGACAUUCGAAAACUCGCGCUUCUGGCCAUAUUGAGGUGGAAAGAUCCUGUGCUCAGCCGAUACGAGGCUAUGCUGCUCCCCCUGGCCGAAGGCAAGUCAACAACAUCGGAUAUAGGUACACUUUUGGUUUCCGAGGAGGAAAAUUCUAUCAGGCCAGCUGAACGGAGCAGUGUCCUUCCUGUUGUACUCAAGCUCAUCUUUGGCAUCAUCGUGGGGCGAGCAGGAACGUCAGGAUCUCAAGACGCCCGGAGGAAAUCAUUGUUGCGUGUUCUCUUGCGACUGUCCGAGGACGAAGUCUCAAUCUUUCUUGACAUUGCUCUUGGCAAACUGAGAGAUGCCAAGGUCAAAGAAGGCCAUCCUACUCUCAUGGCCCUCGAGCAAGUGCAUGUCCCGGAAGACCAGCAAUAUGGGUUUCUUCGAUUGCUACUGUCGAUGCUGGAGAUAUUCCAGAGUGGAUUUGCCCAGUACGGUCAGCAGGUCGUCGACGCGGUUGUCUUCUGCGUCAUCCAAGCUUCUCGUCAAAAUCAGACCGUGGUCAAGCAAAACAAUACAGCAGCGCUAUCACGAAGUAUCCGACGAACAGGCUUCCAAUGUCUUGUUAUGCUUUUUGAACAUUGUCCAGAUGUGAACUGGCCUUUGUAUCUUCGCGAUCUCUUUGCCGAUGCAAUCAGUCCACGUCUCGACAUAUUUGCCUCGGAGACAACCCAGGGUAUCUCUGGUCUGCUAUGCCUGUUUGCAACUUGGGCUCAUUCAUCUAAUCAGAUUGGCUACCUUGGGGAGUAUGAUCGACGACUUCCCGGGGUCCUUUGGCAGACACUGGCUGCGCGUUCAACGCCAGACGAGGUGAAGCUGUUCAUACUUAAUGAAAUUGUCCUUCCGUGGACUGGUCUGUCUGAAGCUGAACCAUCUGUGCCAAACAAGGCCCACGACCUCCUCAAAACCGAAUCAGAUGGCCUCUUGACCUCUCUCGCGGCCUUACUCGAGCGGACACCUCCUAAGGCUAUCCUUGCUGCAGUGACAACGGUCCUGCCCAAAGUUGCCCCAGUUGCGGAGUCUCCAGGAUCCCGGCAGUCUAUUCUCAAGUUAUUGACGACUCUACUCUGUGAUGAUGGUCUUAAGUUAUCCCCGAAGGUCCGGGGUCAACUGCUCCUCUCGGUCCAUAGCUUUCUGGCUGUCGAUGACACCUUGGAGCAAAAUUUGCACUUGAAGCUUUUAGCACCCAUUUCGUCUUUGUUCAACUACUUCAAGGACCAUGCUAGUCGUCAAGUGCUAUGCGAAGUCCUGGAACAAUUGUCCACUUCCAACCGAGGUUUAGCUCACAUUGCACGACUGUGCAAAGACUUGAACGCCAUGUCCUCGCAACGGCUCGAAGAGAUUGAUUACGAAAAGCGACUGCAAGCUUUUCAAUCAAUCCAAAUUCUGGAGUUGGACAAGGUCGGUUCGGUGUGCCAGCCCAUUAUUUACAACUUGCUGUUUUUCCUGAGAACGAGUGAGGAUUUCACCAUAAGAUCAAAUGCAUUGGAAUGCGUUAAAAAGUUGAUUAUCAAAGCCCUCGAGACAGGCAGGCCGGACUUGGACAGUUUGAUAGUGAGUUCUAUCGUUCCAGUGGCAAAGAAGUGCAUGAGACAUGAAUCGGAACUUGCGAGGGCAGAUUUCGUCGCUCUACUUGGUCUUCUGGUACAGCACGCAGGCAACAACGAAGAAUUGGCGAACAUGACACCUCUCCUGGUUGGGAACGACGAGGAAGCGUCGUUCUUCUCGAACAUUCUGCAUAUCCAACAACACCGUCGUCUCCGCGCCAUUCGACGGCUUGUCUCUGAGGUCGAGAAAGGGUUGAUCAACACCACGAACAUCGUGGAGAUCUUUAUCCCUUUGUUGGAGAUGUUUGUCUAUGACACAGGCACGGAUGAGUCAGCCCAGAGCGCGAAAGGCCAAAGCAUCACUGCGAUAGGCACUCUUCUUGAAUGGAUCGACUGGAAACACUUCAAGGCGCUGUUCCGCCGGUACAAGAGUGACCUCGACGUAACCGGCAGCGAGCAAAAGGCAACCAAUCGACUUCUUGCGCAUGCUGCUGAUGCGUUGUUGUCAGCGAAUGGCCCUCGUAGAGAAGACUCUGGACCAGAAGAAGGUCGACUGAUAUCUCGCCUCGCAGAAUCGCUUCCGGAGAAAGCUAUUGUGGAGCAGGAGUUGAAGCUUCACUUCAUACCCAAACUUGCAGAGCUUGUCCAUUACAAAGACGAGGCUGAGAUAAGCUUUCGUCUACCUAUCGCGGUCAUCGCGGUGAGGCUCAUCACUCUGCUACCACCGCACGAGAUCCCAGUUGUCGCUGCGCCGGUAACCCUCGAUAUCGCCCAGAUCCUCAGAAGCCGGGCUCAAGAAUCCCGCGACGCUGCGCGCAAGGCACUCUGCGACGUUGUCCUUCUGCUCGGUCCCAGCAGUUUGCAAUUCAUGCUCAAAGAAAUGCGCACAGCCCUUACAAGAGGUUAUCAGCUCCACGUGGUGUCUUAUACCCUCCAUGCAAUUCUGGUAGCGCUGGUUCCUCAAAUCAAACACGGUGAUCUGGACUAUUGCGGCGAAGCCCUUGUCUCCGUCAUAAUGGAUGACAUUUUCGGGGCCGUGGGGCAAGAAAAGGACAAUCAAGAUUACACCAGCAGCAUGAAGGAAGUCAAAAGUAGCAAGAGUUUCGAUUCGAUGGAACUCCUAGCACGAUCGAUAAGCGUACUCUCCGUGUCCAAGCUCGUGGCACCAAUUCAGACGCUGUUGUCGGGUACGCUGACGGCAAAGCAAGUACGGCAGGUUGAUGAACUUCUCCGGAGGAUUGGCAGUGGGCUUUCACAGAACCCGUCUACCAACAAGCGAGAUGUCUUGACAUUCGCAUACCAGCUAAUUCAAUCGCUGUACCGACAAGAAGAGGGUAGUCAGGUCCAGGCGCCUACCAAUGACGAGAAGAACCGGCAGAGAUAUCUCGUUCAAUUAUCAUCAGCAAGUGAAACAACUCAGAGCCGCAGUUCGGCCUUGUUACACAAGCUUGCUAAAUUCGCACUAGACUUGGUGAGGUCUACGCUACAAAGAUCUACUGAGGUUCUGUCAGUCGAGAAUCUACACGGCUUUCUUCCCAUUGUAGGCGAUGCUCUGGUCGAAGGUCAAGAGGAUGUCAAGAUUUCCGCAUUGCGUUUGUUGUCUGUCAUCAUCAAACUCCCAAUGCCCGAACUUGAGCAAAACUCACCCCUGUAUGUUAGCGAGGCUGUCAAGGUCGUGAGAAUCUCGUCAAGUACCAACGAAGAAGGGGCGCAGGCUGCGCUGAAACUGAUAGCUGCGGUUCUCCGUGAGCGCAAGAGCAUCAAGGUCAAAGAAUCAGAUAUCGCCGAGCUUCUUCAACGUGUCGCUCCGGACAUCGAAGCACCCGACAGACAAGGGGUGACGUUCAACUUCAUCCGGGCAAUCAUGGGAAGAAGGAUUCAGUUACCCGAGGUCUACAACCUGGCGGACAAGAUCGGUGUCAUGAUGAUCACAAAUCAGACAAAAGAAGCACGAGAUGUUGCGAGAGGGGUCUUUGUCCAUUUCUUGGUUGAGUAUCCGCAAAGCUCUUCGAGAUGGUCGAAACAACAGAAAUUUCUCAUGAAGAAUCUCCAAUAUGAGCACCCUGAGGGUAGACAAUCUGUGAUGGAAGCCAUCAAUAUCUUGAUUGGGAAGAUCAAAGGGCAAAUGGCACAGGAACUGAUCUCGGCGUUCUAUCUUCCAAUCCUCCUUCGAAUUGUUAACGACGACAACGAAACCUGUCGACAGCUUGCCGGGGCUCUACUGGGCCGGCUUUUCACCCUAGCAGACCGGGAUCACCUGAACGAUAUGAUUGAACCUCUCAACAACUUGAUAGAUCAAGAGGAGAACAGCGCAUUAAAGAAACUGAGCAUGCAGGCAUACGCUAUCCUCUUAGACACGGAUGUGUCAUUAACUCGAGAAGAAGUUAACAAAAUUCGAAGCAACAUUGCCAAAUCUCUCGAAGCAACAAGCGUGACCGACAAGGACGAUUGGGAGCUCCGCUUUCAGGUGCUACUACUCCUGUUGAAGUUGGCAAGGUCGUAUCCAGGCAAAGUAUUAACUCAGAAGCAGGCCUCUCUAUGGUCACAUGUGUGGACAUCAUUGACCCACUCCAACCCAUGGAUACAAAGCACUUCAGCAGACUUGACCAUUCAGUUCUUCGGCCAAUGCAUCUCGGUGAGGGGUUCGAGGCUUCCGCUUACCUGUGAGCAUGGCCUUUCCAUGGAUUCAGAGGGAUUGCUCGGGAUCUUGAAAGCUAGCACUCGGAUCUUGCGUCGUACAACCGGCAAUGAAGACCUCAGCGCACAAAUGGAGCAGAUUCUUUUAUUUCUGGGUCAAUGUUUGGAGGAAAACUUGCUGACGAUCGAGGUUAACCAGAAACCCGGCGAUGUGGGAGAUUUUGAAGAAGAGGAUGGGGCCAUCGCCGAAGGGAAGACCAGAGGAAUUCCAGCCACCCAAUAUCUCCUUGAUCAACUCGGGCGCAUUCUGCGCACGGAAACGGCAACACUGACAUCCCCGGCGCUGCUCCCCAAGAAGUCAUCGCUACGGCUCCUCUCAAAUCUCAUCCCAAUUCUCUCGGUAGCUAAUCUACCGAAUUUGCAAAUCAAAGCCAUUCUGGUGUCACUUCAGCAUAUGACUGACACGAACACAAUCCGCCCUCGGUCGGCAGACCCGACCUUCGGUGCCGCGUAUCAGAAUCUCGUCGAGCUCGCUCAUACAGUGAUGUCAAGGCUGCAGGAGAAACUCGGAGAUGCAGAGUACGUCAGGGCGGUGACAGAGGCAAGCAAGAUUAUGCGUGAGAGGAGGGAAGAUAGAAGAACCAAACGACGAGUUGAGCGGGUAGCGGAGCCGGAAAAGGCGGCGAGAGACAAGAAGAGGAAGACCGAUCGGAAAAAGGAGAGGCGGCGGGAAAUAGGCAGAGCGCACCAGAAGAGAAGGAGGGAGGUUGGCAUGUCAUGA